CCCAGCUCCCUCCCAGCUUUCCCCGCAUCCGCAUUCCUCGCCGCGCCGCCGCUCCUAAACCUCAGAGGCUCAGACCGUCAGGCGCAAACCCCUCCUCGUCCGUCGUCUCUCUCGCAGUCGCCACCGGCGCCUUUUUCGCACGCCGCCACCGAGGGGACGAAGGAGCCGCGCACGCGUGCGACAGAGGGGUAAGAUGGGAGGCGGGCGGAAGCGCGGGCGCACGCAGCGCCGCCACUUCAAGCAGGGCCGCGAGAACGUCUGGAAGCACAACCCUCAGCGUCCUCCCGCCGGCGAAGGAGGCGAGGGGCGGGAGGGCAAUCCCUCGUGGCAGCCCUUCGCCACCGAGAACCCGUCCUUCGAGGAGUACUACAAGGAGCAGCAAAUUGUUCCUGAGGAAGAGUGGGAUAGCUUCAUGAGUAUGCUUCGGAAGCCAUUACCUGCCACUUUUAGGAUUAAUGCGAGCUGUCAGUUUUAUCAAGAUAUCUGCUCACAAUUGGAAAACGACUUCAGGAAAUCAUUAGAGACUGAGGUUGUGACCGAUGAACAUGAAGAAGAUGCUAUUAGGCCUUUGCCUUGGUACCCGGGUAAUCUUGCAUGGCAUUUGAACUUUUCUCGAAUGCAGCUGAGGAGAAACCAGGCACUUGAGAGUUUUCAUGAAUUCUUGAAGAGAGAGAACGAAGUUGGCAAUAUAACUAGGCAAGAGGCUGUCAGUAUGGUCCCACCACUGUUUCUGAAUGUGCAACCUGAUCAUCAUAUUCUUGACAUGUGUGCUGCUCCAGGAUCUAAAACUUUCCAGUUACUUGAGAUGAUUCACCAGUCAACGAAGCCUGGAGUGCUUCCAAAUGCCUUGGUGGUAGCUAAUGAUGUUGAUGUGCAAAGAUGCAAUCUUCUUAUUCACCAGACCAAGAGAAUGUGCACAGCUAACUUGAUUGUGACAAAUCAUGAAGCACAAAACUUUCCUGGUUGUAAUCUUGCAAAGUUCUGUUCAGAAGUGUGUAUGGAUGAGGCAAAACUGCAGAGGUUGGAGUUUGACCGCGUUCUUUGUGAUGUGCCUUGUAGUGGUGAUGGGACUGUCCGUAAGGCUCCUGAUAUGUGGAGGAAAUGGAAUGCUGGUAUGGGGAACGGACUUCAUCGCCUGCAAGUGGAAAUUGCUAUGCGUGGUAUGGGUUUGCUCAAAGUGGGUGGGAGGAUGGUUUAUUCAACAUGUUCAAUGAACCCUGUUGAAAAUGAAGCUGUUGUUGCUGAGAUUUUGCGGAGAUGUGGGGACUCUGUUGAACUUCUUGAUGUUUCUAAUGAGCUACCUGAAUUAGCCCGUCGUCCUGGACUUAGCACCUGGAAGGUACGGGAUAGAGGGUCUUGGUUUGGUGUUCACGAAGAUGUACCUCGCUACAGGAAGCAUGUGAUAUCACCAAGUAUGUUUCCCUCUGGGAAAGGCAGCAAAGAUAGUCUUACGGUGAGCAGCAGCGUUGAGGUCAACACAGAUGUAGCUGAUGCUGACAUGAAGGAUUCAACAGACAUUGGAGAGGGAGAACAAGAAACAAAUAUAACAAUUGAUGACAGUGAUAAUGCUGACAAUCUGAAAACCAAAGAGGGAACCAAAGUUGAUUGUGAGUUUGGUGAGGUUACAGCUAGUAGUUAUAAAAAGUCAAAUUCUACUCCCAUCCGUACAGAACAUUCAGAUUAUCCACUGCAUCGCUGUAUGAGAAUUGUUGCUCAUGACCAGAACAGUGGGGCAUUUUUCAUUGCAGUCCUUCAUAAACUCUCCCCACUGAACGAGAACCAGGUGAUAGAUGGGGUAAAAGGUGAACAGAAUAUUUCAAAAGACAAAACUGAGAAACUUGAGAAAGAUUUAGGAUCAGAUAAGGCAUCAUCUGAAGAAAAUAUAGUGCAUCAUGAAGUGAUUGAUAAUACAAAUGUUCUGGAUGGAGAACAAAAUGAAGACAGGGAUAACAAAAGUUCAAAAGAUAAGAGCUCAGAGGAUUCUAAGGUGAAUGUUAAUGAGGCGGAAAAGGGUCAAGCAGGAACAAGGGAUAGGAGGAGGCAGCAGAACCAAGGCAGGUGGAGAGGGGUUGACCCUGUGAUAUUUUUUAAAGAUGAAGCAACAGUCAAAAGUAUUGUAUCUUUCUAUGGUAUCAUGGAUUCAUUUCCACUUGAAGGUCAUCUCGUGACUAGAAAUCCUGAUGCUAGUCAUGUUAAGAGAAUAUACUAUGUGUCAAAAUCUGUUCAAGAUGCUUUGCAGCUCAACAUAAAAGUUGGCGAGCGGCUUAAGAUCACCUCACUAGGCCUAAAGAUAUUUGAAAGGCAGUCUUCAAAGGAAGGCUCACCAUGCACAUUUAGGUUGUCAUCAGAGGGAUUGCCGCUCCUGCUUCCAUACAUCACAAAACAGAUUCUAUAUGCGUCUGCAAUUGACUUCCAGCAUCUUUUACAGUACAGGACUAUUAAGUUUCCUGAUUUUGUGGAUGCAAAAUUUGGUGAGGAAGCUUCAGCUUUGCUUCCAGGUUGCUGUGUCGUAGUAUUACGUGAAGGGCAUCAGGAUAUAGGAUCCAUAGCUACAGAUCCCUCAGCUAUUGCCAUCGUUUGCUGGAAAGGAAAGACCAACUUGUGUGUCAUGGUUUCUCCACUAGAUGGGAAAGAACUGCUUGAGAGGAUUUCAUUGCGUUUUGGGCUGAAAAUCCCCAAAGGGGAUAAAGAGAAACCCAGCGAGGAGAUUGCUGGAUCAGACGAGCUGCUUGAUUGUGCCACUGAGGUGGACGAUCAAGAAUGUUUUCCUGAAAGCAAAGCAUCGGACAUCGAAAUAUCAGAUGCUAAGGAUGCUGACUAGCUUUUGUUUUUAUGCCACUUACUACACCUAUUACACAGGAGGUAGAUGUAUCCUCUGAGUUGGCUAUUGGUUUUCAGUCACUUAAGUUGCUAAAGGAGAGAUAGUCGCCCACAUGGGAAUGAUAGCACAUGAUAUAGACCCUAAACACCUGGUAAUCGUGCUUGGUGGCACACGGGCACCACAUCUGUAAACUUAUAGCCUGUUGUUUUUUCUUCUUAGAGGACGUAUCACAUUCGAUUUUAAAAUUUUGCACUGAACGCAAUCCAGUAAAGUUUGAGACUGAGAAUACUUUUUGAGA